AGUCAUUUGGAUCUGGCAGGCCCGAUCGACGACUGUAGCCGUUUGGUACUGGCGGGACUAAUCGGCUAGCCGUUUUGGACCGCCGGCCCCCGGUUUCAUUCGGCGACUACACCAGCCCCGCGCAUAUCGAUUGGGAUAAAAUGGCGGCGCCCAUGGGAGAUUUUUGUUCGACAUCGAAUGCUGGAGACGCAGGAAAAAUCCAUGUGAAUAGACAGAUAAGCGAGCUCCAAGUACUUCAGAGUGAACUUUCUUCCCUAAAGAAAAAUGCAAAGGUCUACACGCAGCAACAAAAUAGCAAUGUGUUCUUCCUCUCGGACAAAGCUCAUUGUCAAAGUCGGUGCAAGAGUCAGAUCGAGACAUUGGAAAAAAUGAAGGCAAAACAAGUGCACCGAUGACAAUCAGAAAAGAAUGUUAUAACUCCUACAUGACGGAUAGGCGAGUACAAAGUUUCACCAGUCACGAUCUGGAACAGAUAAAAAGCGGCAAUGGUCAAUACAUGUACCUCGGUGGUUUCCAUCAUUUGCAAGAAACAUACAAGAUGCUUUAAUCAAGCAAUUCGUUAUUACCAGGGAGGUGUUUAACAGAUACUUAAGUAUGUCUUAGAGUCUUGCUUAAAGAUAAAUACCACUUGUGGUGACGAUCUCAAAAUGAGUUUGUACAGAAUCCAAUGAAAUUACCACCCAAGUGUUUGUAUGUAUAAAUAAAGAAUAUGUGCCAAAUUGCUCUUGAAGAAAAUGCGUAAAUGCUGAGAAAUUAGCAAAAUAAGCACGGAAUUCCAUUGAAUGUCUGGUAUUUUUCGAAGCAAUAUUAAUACAGUGCCACAUAUGCUUUUCUAAUUUUCACUUUGUCUAAUGAUAAUAUUUUUUUUUUCAAAUGAAAAGUUUGUUCAGGAAAAGUUAAUCGUACCAUAUAGAUUAGUGGUGGCAAAUGAAUAUCAGACCAAACUAGACAAAAAGGAAGAUGUUUUGAAAAUGUUUUAUUCGAGUUUUGGCCUGUAGUAUGGGACGUCAUUCAUGUAUCGUGUCAGGAGCAUUGUGAUAACAUAGGUUUGUACAUAGAAAAGAUCAAUAAUUUUCUUAAGACUAUGAGUUUGAUUUUUAUUUAAACAAUAUGCAGAGGGAAAUGGCACUGACAGUUAUUCAGUACUCGGUGGACAGAGACCUGCAGCUCUUGACUGGGUUUUUGUAAUUCUUAGUUUGGCUCUUAUUUGCUAUGUUAAAAAAGCGGGACACAUACACUGCAAUCUGAAGAUAGAAGUGGAAAGCUGCGCCAAAUGAGCUGUAAAUAAAACAUGGCUAAAACUAGUUCAUAGCUGUAGGUUUCAUCAAUUUAAGCAUACAGGAAAAACUAUGAUAUAUGUAUGUGAUAGAGUGAAAAAAUUAAAUGCAUAAUCUGGAAAGCAAAAAAAGAGAGAAAAAAAAUUGGUCUAGUUUUUCUGUGUACAAACCUAUUGAACCACGAUGCUUCUGAUACAGAAUGACAUAACCACUAUAAAGCCUAUUUUCAAUGCCCGAUAAUUGGAGCUAUUCUCUAGCAAAAUACUCAGCUGGCGAGCACUGAAAAUGCAUAUAUACCUUGCAUCGAUUCGUUUUGUAGUUAAUAAACUUUCAAUUUGUAAAUGACUUUUCAAUUUCAGUUGAGCGAUUGUCAGGGUCUUUAACAUAUCAAAAUUAACAUCGAAUGAAAAAAUAAAAUCAAUGGUGCUAUGCAUCUUGAUUUUUCUCUGUUCAUUCAAAUCAACUUGUCGAUGGUAUGGAUGGGGAGAUUUUAUUUUCAAAGAAAUUACCUUGUUUUUAAUAUUCUUUACUUCAUUGAUGAGAUAUAAACCUGUUGAUUUCAUCUAUUCUCAUUAUGUCACUGAGCUUACUAAGUUUUUGUUCAGAAUCAUGUUUUGAAAUAAAAAUCUUCAAUGUGA